GCCUGUGAUUUAUAAUGAUAACAGUCGGUGUCUUUCGGUUGAAUAGAUGUGGUAUCAUUGCUGUAAUCGACGCGGCUCGAAAUCCUGAGUGAAAUUGCGAAAAAAAUAGUUUUCCUCUUUGACCCUUCCCAUGGGCCUCUAUUAUUAGCAAAACAUGGCGGAAUAUUGAAAUUUUGUGAGGGGCUUGACUUGUAUUUUGUCAAUUCCAUUCAUUUCUAGGUGACUAAAAGCAGACCGGUAAGUGGUAUGGGCAAGAAGAAGGACAAGAAGGGGAAGGGAGCUGAAAAAACGGCCCUGAAGACGGCGAAGAAGGCAGAAAAGAAAGCACGUGCAGAGGCAGAUGAAGACUUGGAAGCACUAAUAGCAGAGUUCCAAGAGCUAGAUCGCAAGAGGACACAAGUUACAGAAGAGCCAUGUGCACCACCAUUGCCAAGGUGCAAUGGAAGCCUUGUAGCCCAUCCAGAGAAAGAGGAGCUCAUUCUGUUUGGAGGAGAGUACUACAAUGGGCAAAAGACUUUUGUGUACAAUGACCUGUUUUUCUACAACAUCAAGAAAAAUGAGUGGAGUCAGGUGCAGAUUCCCGAGGGACCCCCACCCAGGUGUGCACAUCAGGCAGUAUCUCUUGCCCAGGGAGGAGGCCAGAUGUGGGUGUUUGGAGGGGAGUUUGCUUCCCCCUCCCAGUCCCAGUUUUAUCACUACAAGGACCUGUGGGUUCUACACCUGGCCACCAGGAAGUGGGAAAAGAUCAGCUCCUCCGGAGGGCCCACUUCCCGCAGUGGACACCGUAUGGUCUCCGUGAAGCGACAGCUGGUGGUGUUUGGUGGUUUCCAUGACAACAUCAUAAACUAUCAGUACUUCUGUGACUUGUACACCUUCAACCUGGACACGUACCAGUGGGCGAGACUUAGCACCUCGGGGGUCGGCCCUUCCCCACGCUCCGCCUGCCAGCUCCUCCCAACUCCUGACGGCUCGGUCAUCGUUUACGGAGGUUACAGCAAGACCAAAGUGAAAAGAGACGUGGACAAAGGGACAGUACACUCAGACAUGUUUGUACUCAGUCCCGAAAAGGGUUCUACAACAGAGGGAGGAGCACCACAGAAGUGGAAGUGGGCCCAGGUGAAGGCGUCAGGUGUGAAGCCCAGCCCGCGCUGCGGUUUCUCCUCCUGCCUCACCGCCCCAAACCGCGCCAUCUUCUUCGGCGGCGUGCAGGACGAAGAAGAUGAGGAGGAACUCUCCGGAGACUUCUUCGACGACUCUUACACGCUCGACCUGGAGAAUAGAAAGUGGUUCCUCACAAACUUGAAGGGAAGGAAGUCUUCCAAGAGAAGAAGAAGAAGGGCUAAGAAGGACAAGGAAGCUGGUGCAGAGAGUGAUGAAGAGAGUGAAGAUGAUUCCAGAGAAAGAGGAGAGGAAAAGAGUGACAGUGAUUCAGAGGAGGAGGAGUCAGUACCACUGGUGCCCUCCCCCAGAAUGAACACUCUCAUGGUGGUGAAGGGGAAGAUUCUAUUCCUUUACGGGGGUGUUUACGAGGAAGGAGACAAACAGGUGACCUUGAAUGACCUGUAUGCCCUUGACCUUCACAAGAUGGAUGAGUGGAGGGCGCUGGUGACCUCUAACCCCCAGGACCAGGAGUGGCUGGAGGAAAGCUCCAGUGAUGAUGAUGAUGAUGAUGAUGAUGACUCCCACCUGGGAGCUACAGGAGGAAAGAACACUGGCAGUGCGUCAGGUAUCGUGACCUUGAAUGAUCUGUAUGCCCUUGACCUUCACAAGAUGGAUGAGUGGAGGGCGCUGGUGACCUCUAACCCCCAGGACCAGGAGUGGCUGGAGGAAAGCUCCAGUGAUGAUGAUGAUGAUGAUGAUGACUCACACCUGGGAGCCACAGGAGGAAAGAACACUGGCAGUGCCUCAGAUUCUGAUGAAGGAGGCUUGGAAACAAAACAGGACCAUCCAAGUGUACUUGCCGGAGAGAAUGUAGCAGACUUCUUCAGUAGAACGAAGGACCACUGGAUGGACCUAGCCAGGAAAAGUGCCGAGGAGGAGGCUCAGUCAUUCUCUGAAAAGGCCCUGAAGAAGAUUGCUUUCCAGAUGGCCAAGUUUUUCCACGAGGAGCAAGCCAAAACAAGCGAAGAUGAGAGCCAGGAAGGAGGACAUUGA